GGUAACCCCACGGUCUAUGAUAUUACUAAGUUUGGAGCUGUAGGAAAUGGUGCCACCAAUUCUUUCAAGGCGUUUUUGAACACAUGGAUCCAAGUGUGUAAUAGUCCUGUACCAGCAACGCUACUAGUUCCUAAAGGGGAUUUUUUGGCUGGUCCAGUUAUUUUCGCCGGUCCAUGUAAGAGCAAAGUGACCGUCGAUGUUCAAGGAACGGUCAUCGCUACAACGAGCGGAUACGCGACUCCUGAAUGGAUCUUAUUCGAGCGUGUCGACAACGUGCUCCUCACCGGAACUGGUACAUUCCACGGUAAAGGUGAAGAUGUAUGGAAAGCAGAUGGAUGUGGCAAAAAGGUCCAAUGCAAUCUUCCUCCAACGUCUCUCAAAUUCAGGAACAUGAAAAAUGUUGAAAUCAGUGGCAUAAGCUCGGUGAAUGCAAAAGCCUUCCACAUGUUCUUAGUAAAAACUGAAAAUGUUAAGAUCCACAACAUUAAGCUUGUCGCCCCUGCUGAAAGUCCCAACACGGAUGGUAUCCAUUUGAGCAAUGCAGACCACGUUUCCAUCCUCGAUAGUACAAUAGCAACUGGAGAUGAUUGUGUCUCAGUGGGCCGUGGCUGCAACAACGUAACCGUGGAACGUGUGGUUUGCGGUCCAGGACACGGUUUAAGUAUCGGUAGUCUUGGUAAGUACAAGCACGAGGAAGACGUGAGCGGAAUCCACGUUAACAACUGCACAAUGAUAGAGACAGACAAUGGACUUAGGAUCAAGACCUGGGGUGGUUCAGAUCCAAGCAAAGUUGUGGACGUUAAGUUUGAAAAUAUCAUCAUGCAAAGUGUUAAGAACCCAAUCAUCAUUGAUCAAAACUACGGUUCAAGAGGCGGCGAUUCACGAGUUGAGAUAACAGAUGUGUUGUUCAAGAACGUAAGAGGAACAACAAUUACACAUGAUAUUGUUCAGAUAAUGUGUAGCAAAUCAGUGCCAUGCAAAGGAGUCAACGUUGUUGAUGUGAACUUGGCCUACGUAGGCAAGCCAGGAGGAGAGAAAAAAUCGUCUGCAGGCGGUUUAGUCGGAGCUUUUUGCGACAACGCCAAUGUUAUCUUCGGUGGAAAACUUAGCUUUCCUAUGUGUCCCAAAUAAGUUUUUUGAUAUAAAAAAAAAUUAUUAAUUAAAAAAAAAAACUCAAAAGUUUCCACAAACA